GGCAUCACCACUAGGCUAUUACUAUUCAGAUUAGGAGGAGGGUCUAUGCGUAAUGAACAUCAUCAUGGACGCUUUUUGUACAGCUCGGACGGAAUAUUGAACAGACAGGGCGUAUAGGUACAUUGCUAGUUACAAUGUAUCGACUCGAGAACUCAGCGACAACAUUAACGGGUGUUUGAAAUACUUUUACAUUGUUAUUCUGGAUGAGGAUGCCCUACCGAGCAGGAGGUAAAACAUUUUUCUACAGGAUGGUACCCUAGCUAGGACUUGAAACUUGAGGAAAAUAGUUAUCUACAUGAUUCAAAGAUGCUUUGGUUGGUAUCUGCCUAUAGACUGAACGCUUGUCAGGUCCUAGGGCGGGGAGGUUGACAAGGCAGAAGGUUUAAGGACAAGGACAGAAUAAAUGGUCCGUGAUGCCAAAGGAGCAGGCACAUUUUGGGGAGCGGCCCGAGCGCGUACCCCAGGGCACCUCUAAGAAUGCCAAGGAUAAGAGUAACAGUGCCACUCUGCGGGCAUCCCAGUGUGGCACUCACAGAGACCAGGAGGGUAGGAGAAUUGGCAUGAACGGGAGGAUGUCCCGGUCUGACUCGGAGAAGGACUCAGAGAAAGACUCGGGAUACUCUGAGACUGGUUCGGACUCGGUGCAGAAUGAUCUGGAUGACCAGCGUAGCAGCGUAAGUGAGGCCUACCGAGCCCACAGCAGUAGCAGCUCCCUGGGCCACAACAUGCCCCUGUUUGAGGAGCAAAACCCCAUCUACGUCAUCAAGAACCUGGUGGUUAAACCGUUUGGACCAGAGCAACUACUGCACAGAACCCUGGCAUGGGGGGGAGGAUGGGACAGUCUGUCUGGUUCCAAGGCCCCCACCCAGCUCCUACUCAUCCAAAAACCAGGGGUACCCUCCCCCGUCCCUGCCCCCAACAAUCUGCCUGAUCCACAGGGCCAGUCCAAGAAAGGGGGCAGUAGAAGCAACAAGAACCAUAACAGCAAGAACUCGUACCUCCCCAUCCUCAACUCCUACCCCCGCAUUGCCCCCCACCCGAGGAAGGAAGGCUCAGAGCAGAGCAGAGAGGGUGCAGGGGAUGUGAAGGAGAGAAGCAUAGAGGGCCAGAGCCGGAGCAAGAGGGUGUGUACGGAGGACAAGAGAGAAGCAGCCACUCAUCUUCGACCACAGCAGCACCAACACCACCAGCAAGAGAGCAGAACCCAAUCCCAUUACAAAGUCAGCAGCAGCCGAAGCUCCUCAUCCCACCUCCCUCACCAUUCCAUGGGUGGCCCUGCCUCCUUCACCCAGCAGGGAUCUCACUACUGCCACCAACAUGCCAAACCCAGCCCCUCUCCCUCCCACUCCAAUAGUUUUGGCUCCCCAUCCGUCAUCAGCUCCCAAACAUCCUCGUCCUCCUCGUCCUCCGCCGACAGCUGGGCCCCACAGGCCUCGGUAGACCUGUCCGACUGCUUGUCUGACUGCUCGUUGGUGCGUCAGCGGCGCUUCUUCAACACGGCAGAGAUCCUGAGCCAAUCAGGCCUGCUGGCCAUCACGCUGCGCACCAAGGAGCUGCUGCGCCAGAAUGCCGCCACCGAGAAAGAGCUGGCCCAGCUCCGCCAGCACGCACAGCUACUCUGCUUGGCGGCCCAGACCGGCCAAGAGACCACCCAGCAAGGACCUAAGGAAGAUCCCAGCCCCAUGGACAAGCUGUUCCAAGCCAUGUCCCAGUCGAGACGCUACCCGAGCCUCGACUGGACCUACUUCAAUGCCAACAGCAACAACCAUCCUGAGAAAGGAGACGAGGCUGAGAAAGACAGCAGGGACAGUAAUAAUAACGACAAGCAUAGCCCGUCUCAGAACCCGGUGGCGGCGGCGCCCCUGAGUAACCAUGACGAUGUCACUUCCCCUCCGUCGCCAAUUUUCGCCCUGUCUCCUGACCCAGAGGACUGUCCCGAUGUUCUCGCCAGCCUGCUCUCCAUCUCUCCCAUCUCCCCAUUCCCAAGGGCGGGGCCAGAGACAUGGGGGCAGCGCUAAGCACCUGUGUGACCUCACCAUGCCCCCGGAUAGCUCCACCCACCGGGCCUAUUUACUCUAACUCUUAUGGGGAGGGGCUUUCAUGGGGGACGUUUUGACAAAGGAGCAUGUAGGAGGAGAAGCUAAGGAGAGAGGGGAAUGCACCGAACUGUGCAAAACUGUUAAUACCCGGUCUAAACUGUAUUACAUCUGAUGAACUCUUUUUUUGUUGUUUUUUUACUGUUGACUCUACUAGCACACUUAAAUAAUUAUCACAAUAUUGUUUAUUUUAUUGAUCUAAUUAGCCAGGGUAUUUCAAUAAUGAGAAAAUACAAAUAUGCUUCUUAGGGGACGUUGUAAACAAACAUGAGGGUCCAUGAAUGGAUUAUCCAAUUCUGUACAUCAAGUUCCAGCACAUCUAUCAUUAAAUGUAUGGAAUAUAAUUAUUCUGCUCGGGCCCUUCUUAAACAUAGAAAGGUUCCCUCGGUUGUAGUUUGCUUAAAACCCUUGGUAAAACGAUAACAGCACACUAGGAUACUCGUGGCGGACAAGCUUUUCAACAUAAUGGGAAAAUGAACACAGACCAUCCCAUGAACCUUUUGCUCAGGCUUUCAGAUGCUCCUUCACCUCUUCAGUGUCGCUGACAGUGUGAAAGGGGACUUUGACCUCCACCGACCGUAGGGGUAGUCUCCCAUGAACCCCCUCGUGCCAUGGUCAGUGCUACUGUGCUCUCUGGACAUUUUGAGGGUUAAAGCCAUUCUCAGAAUAAAGAAUGGCAUGCAUGUAGCCUAGUAUAUUGCAGCUCUGAAGUGCUUUAUAUAUUGUGGGUCAUGUUCUCUCUUUGUUCAGUCAUAUUAUCAGCCAGCACUUGUUGUAGAAAGUUUUGGAUGUGCAUAUUUUGCACGCUUCAUUGAUACCAAGGACAUGGGAUGGGAAGAGAUUCUCUGGUGCAACAUGACUAGAGUCAGAUAUCAUGGAGACAGACACUGUACUAGAAGCACAUUGGUCAUAAUAUCCUGAUUGAAAGGUAGUUAGGCUAUACAGUAGUCAGACUAUUUUGAUGUGCAUGGCACUGGGAUAUCACUGGCUAUUUCUGUAUAAUUUGGUAUGCUCCUUCGAUCCUAUUUGUAAGUGUGUCACCUAAAAUGCAGUAUGAUUGGAUUAUGGUAUUGUGGGUAUGGGCACGGACAUGUAAUAUAUGUUUGUCUGCAGCUUUAUGGUGGAUUAAAGGGGAAAUCUGCAUUUCAAACAACAAAGUUUUUGCCCCGUCGCUCGUUUGGUAAAAAGCUGAGGGACGGGGCUAAAGAAAUGUAACCACUCUCAAAUGAAUAGACAUAGCUAUGGAUGCAAGGACUGAACAUCAUUGAGAUUAACAUUAUAGUUUUAACCAUGUUUUGAGGCUAUAAGUGUUUUUUUCUUUUACAAUUAUAUGGUUUACAAACAACAGAUUAUAAAAAGGUUAUUUUCAGUUCAGAUGGGAUACUAGAGUUGAAGUUCAUGAGGCAUUUACACUGUGUACAAAACAUUAAGAACGACUUCCUAAUAUUGAGUUGCACUUUCAUUUGAAUUCACCUGGUCAGUCGGUCAUGGAAUAUUAUAUUAGUCAAGAAUCAAUAGCAUCAUUCAUUGGAAAGUCAAAUGUACGUAGCAAUUGCAGCUUGUACAGUUGUGAAAUUUGACUGGUUCUAUGAAAACACAAAAACUAUAGGACUUCAGUUAUUGUAGAUAGAAUUAGAAGUGAAUUUGAAGAUUAUAUAAAAUGUAUACAGUUGUGUCAAACCAAGUGUUGUUCCCUCCUGCUUCAGGCGCCUGAACACAUAGGCAUUAAGAUGAUGUAAUAAAGAGCUCCAAUUCAUUCAAUAAAUACAAAUGACUUCAAGUUCAUUUA